AUGGGGAAUGUGUCAAAAGGAAUAACUCUUCUACGAAACCUCACAACCAUAACUCAUCCUCAUUGUGGAUUUGAUAGCUUACCUACUGCCAUGGAAACCACAUCAGGUUUCGAUUUGGCUACAAUAAAAUACUACAGGAACUACCUGGCUCAUCUAGAUGAUGGGAAAGUAGGAACUAUAGACUUCAACACAGCAUGGGACAUUAUAUCUGGGAGUGACAUCAAAAGUUGGGAACCAGUAAUGGAGAAUAUAAAACAAAUUCUUGAAGAAAAGCAAGCAAAAAUAAAUGCAGCAUGUCGAUUACAAGUAUACCAGGAUGAAAAGUAUGAUUAUGAUGGUUAUGAUGAUGGUAUCUAUUGUUUUGAUGAUGAUGAUGAUUGGGGUCACCAUGAAGAUCAAGAUGGCCAUAAUGAUAAUGGUAAUGAAGAUGAUGAAGAUGAUGUUGAUGAUGAUGCUGAUGAUGAUACCUGCAAACGUGGUCAUACAGAAAUAGUUAAGAUGUUGUUAGACACAGGAGCAAACUUUGAAAAAUGUGAUACUAGUGACCAGACACCUUUAAUGAAGGCUUGUGAACAUGGUCAUACAGAAGUAGUAAAGAUGUUGAUAAACAACGGAGCAGACUAUAAUAAAUGUGACAUACCUGGACGGUCGGCUGUAAUGAAGUCUUGUGUACAUGGUCAUACAGAAAUAGUAAAGAUGUUGGUAAACAGAGGAGCCGACUAUGAUAAAUGUGAUAAUGGUGGUCAGUCCCCUGUAAUGAAGGCUUGUAAACAUGGUCAUGUAGAAAUAGUAAAGAUGUUGAUAUCCAGAGGAGCAGACUUUAAUAAAUGUGAUAAUGGCGGUCAGUCACCUCUUAUGAAGGCCUGUCAACAUGGUCAUAUAGAAAUAGUAAAAUUGCUGUUAGAAAGAGGGGCAGACUUUAAAUUAUGUGAUAAUGACGGUGAGUCUACUGUUAUGAAGGCUUGUAAACAUGGUCAUCUAGAAAUAGUAAAGAUGUUGAUAUCCAGAGGUGCAGACUAUCAUAAAUGUGAGAAUUGGGGAGAGUCACCUGUAAUGAAGGCUUGUGAACAAGGUCAUAUCGAAAUAGUAAAGAUGUUGAUAGACAGAGAAGCAGAUUUUAAUAAAUGUGAUUGUUUUGGAUAA